AUGGCAAAUAUCCCGACAGCCGGGGCUCCUGCCGUGCAAACCAUGGCCUCACGAGCGCUGCUCCAACUGUCAGCCCAGCAAGCCUUCCAAGACUUCUCUGCCCUGCCACCAGGAGCCCAAGCUACUGUGUUCAAGGGACUCCUGAGCCAGCUACAUAGCUUCCGACAGAUGCCGUUGGUCGAUCGUCACCUCGUCGUUGAUCGACCUCAUCGCGACGUGCCCGGACCCAGUGCAUUCGAAGGCGCCCAAGCCUUCCGCAAGUCUUGGUCGUUUGGCGGCCCGGCUGAUUACACCGAAGACUUCCCCCAUCAACGUGGCACGCUUCACUGGAAUUCUGACGACAUGGACUUUUCCCGGUCGAAUAAGGACCAACCGUUCCGCUACAUACCAGAGUCCGAGCGGCAGGAGCGGUACAAAGGCAGUCACGACUGCAGCCUGCACUUCAGGAAUGCUAUCUCAAGUCCGCUCUUGUUCUAUCGCCUGCGUGCUGCGUUCGGUCCUUGGGACGACAGUGACCUUGGCAUUGACGGCGAUCAGUCAGGCCGUGAGUGGCAGCUAUGUCUGCUUUACACGCCCAGUCUCAGACAAGCAGAUGAGGGAUCUCAUCCUUCUGGCAGGCUCCACUUUUACGAUUACAGGGGAAAAUGCUAUGUGUACUUCGAUGGCACUGUCGAGGUUUCGGACAAGGCGGUUGAAUUGGUCAACUACCUUCUCAGCGACGACACAUACUCAGUCUUUGAGAAGCCACGGCGGAGAAGUCGUGAAUGGAGGCAAGCAUACUUGGUCGCAGGGAGUCAGCUGCGCGUCCGCGACACAGCUCUCUUCGCGCACUGUUUCGGGAUAAUGUUCAACGGCUUGUUAGUGAAAUUAUCAGAUCUAAGUCUAUAA